CCUUCAAAACAAACCAUCACAAUAUAUUAAUUUACAUUUCAGUAUGUGUUUAUGACAACAUAUAUUAUUCGUUGCAUUGUUGUAUGUUGUCUAAAGGCGUCAGUUAACCACUUGCGGAUAUGACGCUGAGAGACUGCGGAGGUUGCGGCUUCGUCGCACAUCAAACGGGACGAGGUACCGUCGUGGCCGGGGGGCGACAUGCUGCAGCUGGGCGAUGAAGUCUCACUCUACUCGGUCGUGUUCGUGUUGGCUCUGCUUGCCACUCGCAGCCCGGUGUGGUCCGGAGUCCUUACCGGCUGCCUCUACCUCUUCCUGGCCAUGUUCCGUUUCCCGCAGCUGCCAGCCAGCCGAGCACGACAAGUGCUUCACCCGGCUGGAUCCGGGAAGGUGUCCGUGGUCGCUCACCGGGGAGGCGGCCACGACGCACCAGAAAACACGAUAGCGGCAAUCCGGCUGGCUAGCAAGAACGGGGCAUCUGGAGUGGAACUUGACUUGGAGUUCUCUGCAGAUGGAGUCCCAAUUCUGAUGCAUGACGAGAGUGUGGAUCGGACCACAAAUGGAUCAGGCCCACUCAGUCAAAUGAAAUUCGCUGACUUGGGUAAACUAGACGCAGCUGCUAAACAUCGACUCAGGGAUAAAUUUGCUGGUGAGAAGAUCCCAACAUUGCAGCAGGCUGUGGACGAAUGCAUCAAACUCCAGCUCAGCAUUUACUUUGAUGUGAAAGGACAUCCAGAUGAGGCAGCUGCAGCUCUUUCCGCUUUGUACAAGAAGCAUCCAAUUCUGUACAACAGCAGCAUCGUAUGCUCCUUUGAGCCUAAGGUCAUCUAUAAGAUGAGGCAGACUAACCCACAGGUAGUCACCGCAUUGACUCACAGGCCCUGGAGUCUGAGCCGCUUCGGUGACGGCUCCCCGCGUUACAGUUCACCGUGGAAACACCAUUGGCUGACAUUAAUGGAUAUUGUGUUAGACUGGGCUCACCAUCACUUGCUAUGGAAGCUAUGCGGCAUUUCUGCAUUUCUGGUGCAAAAGAACUUUGUCUCGCAGGACUAUGUGCAAUACUGGAGCCAGAGAGGAGUGGAAGUGGUUGCCUGGACCGUAAACACCGGCGUGGAGAAGCAACACUACCAGGAGCUUCUGAAAAUCAGCUAUAUCACAGACAGCCUUGUGGAGGACUGCGAUCCUCACUAUUAACACUCCAACACGUACUGACAAAAAAUCCAACGUAGAACUCCUCAUGUGCCAUUCUUUAGAAAGUACAUGUGUAUAUGAAUAGUUUAUACUAGGAGUUUAAGAAUAAAUCAAUCUGGAUCAUUACAUCGGUUAAGCAACGAGCAUCGGUUAACCAAAUUAAUUGAUCGGAAGACAAAUCAUUGAUCAAUACAGUGGGACCUCUACUUAUGAACGUCUCUACAAAUGGAAUGUUUAGGUUAUGAACGCCUCAACAGGAAAAUAUUGACUUUAUACGAAAGAAAUUUCAGAAUACGAGAGGCAAAAAUACAAUAUGGUCUGCUACUCGCAGCUCUGAGAGUUACUGAACGAAACAUGCUUAGUGAUCCGACGCUACUUCGCGCUUCAAACUUCGCGCCCACAGUCCAUCACAGAUUUUUUUUUUCCAAUUAAAAAAUAAAUAAAUAAAUGUGUCACUCAUCGUUUAACUUGUUAAACAGUUGCUGUGGCAACUCGUGUGUAAGUGAAAAGCUUGAGCAACUCGAAGCAUUUAACAAAGACAUGUUUUUUUUUUUUACUUUAUUCUUGUUUAGAAAAUAAUUCGAUUGGACAGUAACAUGUUUCAACUUAUCAUAAUUCUUACAAUCUAAGUGCUUAAAAACCAUUUAUUAAAAUGAAUGGCGGAAAACACAGGCAAGGCUGAAAAAGCCGUUUCUGCUCUUGCAGCCCUCUUUAAAAUAAACUGCUGUAUUUUAAGCCGAAAAAAAAUGUUGUGUUUGAUAAAACGAUAUGUCUAUAUGCUGCCAUAGCAGUUUCAUGGCGCAUUAAGCCCCCAAACUAUUUUUAAAUUCUCUGUUUUACCCUGGAGACCCGUUUACUGACACCACACAACCGCUUUUGUUUCAACCCAGCCAUAAAAAGAAGGUAAGUAACUGUAUUUAUUAUUCAAAAUGUCUAUCAUUUUUAGCUUAGAAUCAUUAAUUGAUGUCUAAUAUUUAGUUUAAAAAAUAAAAUAAUAAAAAAGCGACUUUUAAAAAAUUAUUCACUCGCAUAUUUUAAACUUUUAAGGAAAUUACAUCACAAUGAAAAAAAAUGGUGUCUGUAAAUAAGUCACGGAUAUCUACCUCAUAACGAUCGCUUAAUUGUUUUUUUUUUUUUUUUUUUUUUUUUGUUACUGUCCUAUUUUCCCCAAUAUUUUAGAUGAUAAAUAAUGGAUUGAAACAAAUAAAUUGAAGGGAAAAAAACGUUUAAAUUAGAGCUGAAACGAAUACUCGAGCAACUCGAGUUUAAAAACUGAUCCGAGUAAUUUUAUUCACCUCGAGUAUUCGUUUAUUUUGACAGCUCUAAGCAUCACGUUUUGCUCGGACUACUUUUAAUGCGGGACAACGCGCUGAUGUUACGUGCGUAGAGGACGAAGCAAAAAAACAACAACAACAAAACUUACUGCAGCAGACAGCCGCUACACACGACGCCGACGUUGCUAAAUACUUGCCCGCACGAUGCUAGUUGGUAGCCGGUAGCGUCUGAUGCGUCUCAUAGAGAUCACAUGUAUGUUGAACUAGAUGCGAAAUGACAGACUCGGCCGCGUCUGGGCAGCGUUGGUAAACCGCCGCCAUCUUAAAGCAGUAGAGCGCUAAGCGCUAAUAAAGAGCGCUAAGGCUAAUAAAUAAGAUUAACGGUACUGUCACAAGCUCACGUAACGUUAGCCCUGCGGAGGGCUAGGUUUCUAUUAAGUAUGACCACUGUCGAUGCAUGGCUAACGUGUCUUACAUACAGGCUUUAACAUAACAUAGCGUUGUGGAGUGAUGAGGGUGUAAAAUAAAAACUCAAUAAUGCUAACUAUCAAUUUUAGCCCAGUAGUCAUUGCUGGAUAAAACACCAAGUAGCACUGGUCCCUAAUGUGCUCCAAUACAGCCUGUAUCAUACAUUUAUUUUGAACACUGCAAAAACUCAAAAUCCUAUCAGGACUUACAGUUUAGACUAACUUAAAACUUAACUAGAACUUAAAAAUGGCUUGACACAAAUAGAAAUUCAAUUGAAACACGUGGGGAAAAAAAUCCUAACUUUUAAGCGAUGUGUGUUAUCAAGCGUAACGGCAUUUUUAGGUAAGAUAUAUAUAUUUUUUUUUUCAUAAGAUCUAAAAGUUUUUUGAGUGAAAGCAGUGAAUUAGUCUUUUUUUUAUUCUAGUUACAUCUGAGAUGCAAUUGUUGGCUGUUUUCAACAAUAUACAUCGAAAAUAAAGACAUUGAUUGACUGAAAAUGGAGCAAGAUUAGAGGAAAUGUCUUGUUUUCUCAUGUAUAUUUAUAAUUGCUCUUCACCUAAAAAUAUAUUUGUUUUAUCCGAUUACUCGAUUAAUCGAUAGAAUUUUCAGUCGAUUACUCGAUUACUAAAAUAUUCGCUAGCUGCAGCCCUAGUUUAAAUGAUAUAUAUAUGAAAAAGAAAAUGUAGACCACUCCUUGAUGUUUGCGAUUUCUGCAUCGUGACCCUUGUUAUAUUACCAUGUUUCACCCAUAAAAUCCCCCCAAAAUCCUGCUGUGGCCAUACACAGCUGUGUCUUGACACUCGGUUAUACAUGCUACAUGGAGUUUUUGGCUCAAAAGAGGCAAGUUGGCGAUAAUAUCUCGUUAAAAUCACGGCCUCUUUAAUUAUGCUCUCGCAUGCUCUCACCUCCAGUUGGGGUUUUGCUGUUCAAUCUUUUUUUUUUAAAUUCACUCCAGUUCAAUUUUUUUCUUCCCCCAGAAAAUUGAGAUUUCAAGCUUUCCAAUGAUGUAUCACACGUGCAUAUAGAACAAUUUUGAAAUUUGGCCAUAUUGGGGGUCUCAGAGCGGAACUUCAAGUCACCUGAGUGUUUUGCGCCAUAUACAUUUUUUUAAAAUUAUACUUUGGGGGGGUUAAAGAAUAUGUCAUAUAUAUCACUUUCUAAUGUUAAAUUUAAAUAAAUACAUUGAACACACACACAAAAAUACAGCAAGAAAUAAAAAAUUUAUGGGCGGGCGGGCGCUACUUCCGGGUUUUUCACUUAUCCGGAAGGCUACUGUUCCCCAUUAACCGCGAAAAACGAGGGAUCAUAGCUGCUCUGCCAUUGGCUAUUGCCUAACAUCUUGCUGACAUCCUAUUGGCAAGGGGAACCUCUACUGUAUGUGUAUGUGUGUAUCGCAGCGUCCUCUUCAUUCGCUGUGAGGGGUACCGACAUGAUUUACGUGAGUGUAUUAACUUUUAUUCUUUACUCAAUUUAUCGUGUUUUUACAUUAUGCACCACUCUCAUUUUAUGUUUAUUGUGCAAUACACUAAUUGUGACAUGAAUGUGUCACGUUUUGAUGCAUUUUUAUGCUUUGUAAAAGAUUUGUGUCUUAAUUUGGAGGGCGAGGGGUGGAACAGAUUAGGGUUUUACAUGGAAAGCGCGUCUGUACUUUACGGAAUUUUCAGUUUACGAAACUAUUUGCAGAACGAAUUAAUUUUGUAAAUAGAGGUACCACUGUAUUGUCAUCUUUUAGAUAUUCAAUUUUAUUGAAAAUAAUGUCUUUCUAUCAAAUUUCUGAAAUGUUUCAACAACAUUUUUAAAAAUGUCUUAAUUCCUUUUUAAAGCAACACUAGGUAACUUUUCAACCUUGAUAUUUUCAUAACAUUUGUGAUAUUUCAACUGGUAACUAGUUGAAUGACACCUCUUUUAUAUCAUGAAGGGGUCUGUAUCGCUUUCACCGGCACUAAUUAACUAUUAGGAGGGUGGCAGGAACCCUGUCCAUAGACUUCAUAAUGAUAUUGACGGGGCAUGGUGCUGAUAAAUAAAGGGCCUGCAUUGUUGGCGUGGUUGUCAAAGCUGACAGCGGAAUCACAGACAGAGUUUUUUUUCAAUGAAAAUUCUUAUGAGCAAAUGCUUAAAUCCCUGAAAUCUUUAUAGAUAUGGACGUAAAACUCUCGAUUUUUGGGUAAAAGCAAACAAAAAAAACGUGCAGUUAGCAUUUAUUUUGCGUAAAUAUGCCGAAGUACGAUGCUAGUCUGUUAGUCAAUGUGGCGGCCGCCAUAUGUAAACAGAACUUUUCCAUAGGGCUGUCAAAAUUAUCGUGUUAACGGGUGGUAUUUUUUUUUUUUUUUUUUUUAAUUAAUCACGUUAAAAUAUUUGGCGCAAUUAACGCACAUACCCGCUCAAACAGAUUAAAAUGACAGUACAGUGUAAUGCCCGCUUGUUACUUGUUUUUUGGUAUUUGGCGCCCUCUGCUGGCACUUGGGUCCAACUGAUUUUAUGGGUUAGUACCAUGAGUGAGCAUGGUGUAAUUAUUGACAUCAACAAUGGCGAGCUACUAGUUUAUUUUUUGAUUGAAAAUUUUACAAAUUUUAAUAAAACGAAAACAUUAUGAGGGGUUUUAAUAUAAAAUUUCUAUAACUUGUACUAACAUUUAUCUUUUAAGAACUACAAUUCUCUAUCCAUGGAUCACUUUAAGAGGAUGUUAAUAAUGUUAAUGCCAUCUUGUUGAUUUAUUGCUAUAAUAAACAAAUACAGUACUUAUGAACCGUAUGUUGAAUGUAUAUAUCCGUCUUGUGUCUUAUCUUUCCAUUCCAACAAUAAUUUACAGAAAAAUAUGGCGUAUUUUAUAGAUGGUUUGAAAUGCGAUUAAUUUUUAAGGUGUAAUUAAAUCGAUUAAAAAUUUUAAUCGUUUGACAGCCUUACUUUUCCAGUGAAAAUUCUUGUGAAUAAGUGCUUGAAUCCCUGAAUUCUUCAUAGAUAUGGAUGAAAAACAGUCUCGAUUCUUUGUUAAAAGAGCAAAAAAAACAAAAAACGUGCAGCUAGCUUAUUUUUUUUUUAACGUAAAUAUGUUGAAGUACGAUACUAGUCUGUUAGUCAAUCUGGCGGCCGCCCACUUUUCCAGUGACAAUUCUUGUGAAUAAUUGCUUAAAUCCCUGAAUUCUUUAUAGAUAUGGACGUAAAACAGUCUCGAUUCUUUGUUAAAAGAGCAUAAAAACGGGCAGUCAGCAUUUAUUUUACGUAAAUGUAACAGGUGUGUCAGCGCCGCCCCGCGUUCCGCUCCCACCUCUGACUAGGUUGGGACGCAAACCCGUGCUCCACGACACUUCCACUCGGCAGGUAGGGACACUGGCGGCUGUCCCGUUGGCUCGAACUUUAUGGCGCAGUGGUUAGCGUCCCAACCUAGUCAGAGAGGUGGGAGCGGAUCGUGUCGGGGCGCGUUUCAAACCGGUUACAAUGGUGCCGUGACCCGGAUCGGCAGUGAAGGUUUCGGGGGGUGAGUGUAACGGGUACACGCAGGGCCGUUGUGGAGCGUGGAAACCUCCCUGCCGAUUCCUUCAUGUGGGGACGCUGACGGCUGUCCCGUUGGCUCGAGCUGAUAGUUGAUGAACUAAUGUUGAUAAAUAGUUGAUUGAGGAUUGACCGGCAAAUCUGAUUGAAAAGUAAUUCAAUUAUGGAUGAGCGGGCGUUUUGGUUGAAAACAUAACAUUGAUUCAGCGUUGUUCCAAUAUUAUUAAUGAUCCAAAUGAUGUUUAGAUUUUGUAAGGAUUUCAACGUUGAAACAACAUUAAUUGAAGAUGCAAAAUUGACGUUGAUUCAACGAUAUAAGAUGAACAGCGGAAUGUUGAUCCAACAUCUUUUCAACGUCGGUCUGCUAUCUGGGUACCUUGAAUCCUCGGACAAAUCACUCCUGAGACAAUCCUUCCUGUUUGUAUCCGGGACAGCUUUCAUACUUUUUCAACCCAAAUCCGGUGUUGGAUCGCUGCAUGUAUCCCUGCAAUCGACUGCGAAUAACUGAAGCGGAUUGUGGGAUGGCCCCCUGUUUGAAGGCGUGGCACAGUGAAGGUUGAAUCUGAUACAAAUGUGCUGACUGCUUUACGGCAUACGUCACUUGCCCCUUUCCCCAUUCAUUAUAAAGACAGAAGUCGAUGCUAAUGCUUUUGCGCUAAUUCUGCAAAAGUGGCAGAGCGACAGAGACAAAAAGGAGAAAAAAGAAAGGGUUGCUAGCAGGAUAUACAGAAUAAACAUUGGCCCGGCUUUCACUCGCUGGCAUGACGCACCCCUUCGCCACCACUGAACUCGUUAGCGCUGAUGAGUUCGGGUGGGGUAGGGGUUUUAGCCACACUGUUGCGAACCGUCAUAUGUAGAGAUGUCGGGUCCGAUCACGUCAUUUUCAAAAUAUCGGAAUCGCCAAAAAAAAUCGAACAUAGGUUUUUUUUUUUAUAUAUAUAUCUUUUUUAAUUAAAUCCUUUUCUAAUUGUAUUUAACAUUACAGACAUACUAUGUUACACUUAUCCAGAGUCUUUAGUUUAGGCUUAAGGUAGGGUUAUCAAAUUUAUCCCGAUAACGGCGGUAAUAAAUUUUUUAAAAAGUGUAUCAUGUUAAAAUAUUUAACGCAAUUAAUGAAUGCGCUGCACGACCCACUCACGCAUUGUCGCGCCCAAUCUGUAAUAGCGCUGUUUUACCUAUGUAGAGAGCUAAAAGGCAGCGUAAAAUGAGUAGACUGAUUUUGGCAGCCUUUGGAGCCUUGUUUUAAAUGGCUAAAUUACAAUCCCUCUCCCUACAAUUAGAAAUAUCGUGGGAAGCAAUGUGGGGAAGCAAGGUAGUAAUUGAUCUUUUUCUUAACACCCUAUUUUAUUUCCCAACGCAGAGAAGAUAUAUCAAUUGGUAGCACUAAGCACAGUCAUGGUUGCACUUCCCAUCAUGCAUUUGGGCAUGGCUACAGUAUCAUUUACGGAAAGCUCAACAAAUACACUAGAUGGCAAUUAUUUAGUCACAAUAUACAAAGUCAAAGUCUUUCUAUCCGUGGAUCCCUCUCACAGAAAAAAUGUUAAUAACGUAAAUGCCAUCUUGAGGAUUUAUUGUCAUAAUAAACAAAUACGUUGAAUGUAUAUAUUCGUCCGAGUUUUAUUCAUUUUUUUCUUAAUGCAUUGCCAAAAUGUAUAUGAUCGGGAAAAAUUAUCGGGAAUGAUUGGAAUUGAAUCGGGAGGGGGGAAAAAAAGCAAACGGAUCGGGAAAUAUCGGGAUCGGCAGAUACUCAAACUAAAACGAUCGGGAUCGGAUCGGAAGCAAAAAAAACAUGAUCGGAACAACCCUAGUCAUAUGCUAUUGUUUAGCCACAACUGGAUUCAUUACCUUAUUACUUUCCAUCCUUCACACAGCCGCCGGAAACAGAACUGUUGUUUAAUCCAUCUGCAGGCGACCAUCAUGAUUUUACGACAGUGCGGGUGUGCGCUGGUCCUGGGAAACGCAGUCUUCCUUUAGGCAAAAUACUUCCGCUUUUGUACACCGGCGUCGCUAAAAUAGACUAAAACUGAAAAGUUACCAAGUGUUGCUUUAGUUUUUAUUGCUUUAUGUGAAAUGUAAUGUUAAAUAUUAUUGUAUUAAAUCGAAUUGUGGCAUACUUUCUAAUAUUGGCAAAUAUUGUAAUAGUGUCCAAAGAAUCAAUAUAAUAUCGCCAUGAAAUUGGUGAUUUCCACCCAUAGUACUGUAUUAUGCACUCUCCUACCAACAGCAGCAAUAAAGGUGGCCAAAUGCCCACAAUGGUCAGAUCACACAGAACAUUCUGAUUAAGCAUUGGUUUCAUAGUUUGAUAUGAAUGUAACCUCAGGACAUUAUUCCAAAAAUGUACUUCAUUGAGUGUGUGAUAGCAACCUUGUCAACUCAUCUGUUUUUAAACUGAGACUCUUGCUUUUGGACAAUGGACUCGGGUUAGUGACCCACAUAGUAAGAGAUAGGCAAACAGAGGUGAUAUCGGUCUGGAUAAGCCUGUCUGAGCCGCUUCUUGAUCGCAAUGCUCAUCAGCGUCAACCCACAGAUGACCCUUGUUACCUCGAGUCUUAAACGGAAAUUAAAUGUACACUAAGAAAAGCUAUGAUGGAAGACAAAUGAUUGCAUGUGUGUACAUAAAUGGUCUGAAAUUUCAUUUUGUGAUAUCAUUAUUAAAGCCAGUAUUUAUGAAAGUGUAACUUAUGUGGAAUGACUUUUAGGUUUAUUAGUUUCCAAUCGUCUAUUUAAUUGAGCCUGUGUAAAGCAUUUGUAGGUGAAAGGUAAAUUCCCACUGCAACCUCCGAGAAACACUCCAGAGGGUGUGAAGUGAGGUGACGGAGGGGGUUGCCCAGCCGAUGCAUGCAAAUUACAGGGCGGAAAUUAAAGAGUAGAACUUCAAAAUAAAAGUGUUUUCUUUGAACGAGCACUGAGUUUGACAAGUGGAAGACAAUUGCUCAAACAUAACCUCAGGUUCAGUCAUAUUAAUAAUCAAAACUUAA